CGGAUGUUGGAUUAUUGAAAGAUACGGAGUCGCGCCGCGAACGUAAGGAUUCGGGUGGAGUGUAAAUGUCCUUUUUGGGUCAAUGGAUUUAACCAAUUUACCCUGGGAUGGACGAGGCUGUGUGAAUGCUGUUGUGGAUAUGGAUGAGAGGCGUAAAGCGCUUCUGCCGUUCGCCGGCAGGAGGAUCGCCGAGGUACGUGCUCGGGCGAGGAAGGAGACGACAUUAUUGCAUCCCGCAGGACCUUCUCCGAAAUGGGUCAGGAACGCCCUGUGGCUUGUGCUCAAACGCGAUAACAGCCACUUAAGCAUUGUUCCCGGCACGAUCGAAGGUACCUCCCGAAUCGGCCACAAUCUCGACGGAACGAUCUCUCUGGGGAGAGGAGGCGUUAUGUGCCCAUCGAUCGCGGCGGAAAAGUGAAUCGAGUGCGCUCUUUGAAGAGUGCGACGCGCCGGAGAAUCGGAGGGUUGAAAAGCUUGUUGCGGUAUUAUCGAGUUUCAGUAGGGCCCGCGUUUACAUGAGCGGUCCAUGAAAACGAAUCGCUAUGAUAACUAAGUGCCCUCGAAUGCUGCGGGGACACGAGUCGAGUGCGAGCAAUCGUGGCUUUUUUUCGAUGAAAAGCCCCGUCAAGUAUCAAACCGUGAAGCCAACGAGUUCCCUAAACGCCAUUUCAAAUUUGCCGGCUCAUUAUGAAACAUAAAUUCUCGACGCGCUUUCGAACGUGCCGAGCCGUAUAAAAGCGCACCUCGCGGGGACGACGAAAUUACGACCAGGAACUUUCCCCAAAUGUAUGUAAAUACGGUUUGCUUAUUCCUAUAAUGCGACGAGCACACAGUACUGAGCGUACACACCGACCUCCUUUUAGUAAAUGGUAGUUAUGCAAAGAUCUGGAAUAGAAAUAUCCAACGGUCGAAACGUGCCGUGCGGCGAAAACUGAGAGGGAGUUAAGAUACAACUCCUGCACAGUUAUAAUACAUGAAUAAUUAAUUCGAAAGCGUCGUUUUCGAAAAUAACUCUUAAACAUAAUUAAUGGUUAAGAAAUAAACCAAUAUUAAUUUCGAUAUUAUACGAAAAGCAACCAUUUAUUUCAUAUUUCUG